AAUAUCUAUCUGACGCUUUACAGCAUCCAUAUAUUGUCUAGUGUGUUUGUGUGGAUGUGAGCCAGUGGAUUGUGUUAGUGUUAUGGAGAAUUCACGGGAGGUGUAUGAUGUGGUUGUGGUGGGGGCGGGGAUCGAGGGGUCCGCCACGGCCUAUCACCUUGCCAAGUCCGGCAAGCACGUGCUCCUCGUGGACCAGUUCCCACUGCCGCACAGCCGGGGGAGCUCUCAUGGCCAGUCCCGGAUAACGCGGAAAGCGUACGGACCUCAGGACUUCUACACGCGUAUGAUGGAUGAGGCUUACCGCCUCACGGAAGUUCUCCAGGCCGAGUGCGGGGAACAACUCUUCAUUAAGUGCGGGACGCUGGUGUUUGGUCGUUAUGACGACCCGUUCACGGUGGGGACAGAGGACUGCCUAAGACGGUUCAAUGUUCCGUUCGAGAAGUUCGGAUCGGCAGAGCAGCGGCGGCGCUACCCGGGAAUGGAGUUUCCGAAAGACUUUACAUUCGUGCUGGACAAGACAGGCGGCGUAUUGCGGGCAGACAAGAUGUUGCAAGCAUUCCAGAAGCAGUUUGUACGUUAUGGCGGAGUGCUGGUGGACGGUGAACCGAUGAAAGAGCUACUUCCGGGCGAAAUUGUCACUGUCCGCACUCCCCGCCGGAUGUUCAGGGGCCGAAGCGUCGUCCUGGCACUUGGACCUUGGGCAGCGAACUUCCUGCCAACUAUAGGUGUCGACAUUCCACUUCAGCCCACGAGGACUUUGGUGUGCUACUGGAGGGAACGCGGCUGCUCACGGACGUUCGACGUCUCUAGGUUCCCGACUAUUAUAACGGAGAACGCGAACGAGAGUCACCACAUUUACGGUUUGCCUGUUGUAGAGUAUCCGGGACUUGUUAAGAUCUGCCUGCACACAGGACCGGACGUCGACCCUGACAGGCGGGAUGCAGUGGACAGCCGCUGGGUGGAGGACCGAAUGCGGGCCAUCAUCGCCCAGAACUUUCCCGGCCUAGACCCCACACCAGCCGUCACAGAGACUUGCAUAUAUACGAUGACGCCAGACCACGACCCCGUGUUGGACCACCACCCAGCAUGGAAGAAUAUUGUCAUAGCGGCUGGAUUCUCAGGUCACGGGUUCAAGCUGUCGCCGGUGGUGGGCAAGGUGCUGUCCCAGCUGGCCACGGGGCAGACGCCUGAGUACGACAUGAGCCAUUUCCGGCUAGCCAGAUUCCACAAACACAAACUAUGAAUACCGGUACACCAACGCCGAGUCCGUUCCAUUUAUUCUUAGAAAUGCAUUUGUGAAGGCAUUUAAUGUUUUUAAUAUGUGAUAGAGAAGUAAUUAUAUAAAUUAUCAUAAAUGUUAAGCAGAAUUAAUAGAAUGUGUCCAUUUUUACUGUUAUACUGCUAUUUUGUUUAAGGAUAACACCGUUUACAUUCUCUCUUUGAUAACCAUGAAACUAUGUCAGAAUGUUUGUGUUUAUGAAGACUAUGUCAAGUUUGAAACUGGGUUACAUGAGUUCAAGGUUUAAGAUAAAUAAAACACAUAAGAAUGUUGU